AUGGAUGCCAUCAUGUCUUCUCUUCUUCUGUACCAAGACGGACAACUCGUGACUGCCUCUUCCGCAUCUUCGAGGUGCAGUCAGGAAUCUGCACGUCGACAACGCGUCGUGGAUACGCGCGACGACUCGAAAGCGGCAGAAGCCCGGUUCACAAGAAAAGUGCCGCGAACGGCCUCGGAAAUGGCGACGGACACGAGCGUUUUGUCUCCAAAAGAAGAAGCAGAUCAGGAGCGGCGAGGCUUCUCCAACUCUUGCAACGACAGAUUGACAACCUCUUCACCUCCUUGCAUCACCGCACCGAUCGCAGGCCAGCCAAAGCUCAGAGACACUACUGCACGGCGGUCGGCAAACACAACUUCAACACUGCAGCAUAGCACUCCAUACCUGGACGCACGCAGAACUCACAUUGUCUCCCAGGACUGCAAGAUGGGAGACAUGGGAGCAGUGAAUCUCAUGUCCAUGGCCGAUUGGGAGACGGCACACCCGUAUACGCCUCCACCUACAAAGCCUCCACGACCUACUGCUCUUCCAUUGAGGCUGGAAAACAACAACGGGACAGCGAUCGGGAAGGUCCACUCGCUCUGCCAACAGAAAGGCCUUUCGCUCGAAAUCAAAACUCAACAAGUCGCUCAGGGCUGUUUCACGGCCGCUUUGUGGAUCAACGGAUCCGAGAUCAAGAAGGGCGAACGACAAUAUGCUUCCAAGCAGGACGCGAAGGAAGCUAUUUGCCAAUCUCACGUAGCUUAUGUCAUCGACCUCCCAAACAACAAGAAGCGUAAGAGCGCGUCACUCGAUGACUUGUGUUCGUCGGAGCCUGAAGGCGUUGAUGACGAGGAAUGGAUGGGAAUACUCUGUAGUAGGUCACUGGCCCCUACGCUCAUCCAAAAUCAUGCUAAGAUCUUGAAGACUACAUGCAGACAACCCACAAAGUCAAACGCCCAGACGUGAAGACUACAAGCAUGUCGGCGAACAUUGGCCCGUGAGUUCAGCCCUUUCAUGGAUCGUUAGAAACGAACUUCUUUUCUAACCAUAUCGAUCGAUGUAGAUGGAUGUGUGAGCUACGCAUACCUGAAGGCCCACUGACACCAUUCGGGGACGGAUCCGGACCCUUUCGAUCGAAGAAGAUCGCAGAGAGGGUCGCUGCUAAAGCAGCUGUCGAAUGGCUCCGUACAAAUGGCAAACUCCCUGAGAUGGGCCGGUUCCACAAUCCAAACAAGAAAAAGCAGAAGCCGGCAUCCGACACGACCCAGUCACUGACAGAGGACUAUACCGGCCUAAGUCAGACGCUUCCUAAAGCUAUGGAUGUCCACGCUACGCCUGACGAGACGGCUGGACGACAGGUUCAUCGACUAGCGGUGGAGCUCCGCUUCACGCAGCCUGCCUUGAAAUUCGAGCCGAGAGAAGGGCCGUUCGUCGAUGCCUGGGCCGAAUUCUUGCCUCAAGAUACGAGUUACGAACCUAGGCUGGGUGGGCAGGUGUGCCGCAUCAACCACGUCUUUGGCAAAAAGGCAGCCAAGGAGGAAGUUUGGCGUGCAGUCCUGGCCGUUCUGGAACAGAUCAAGAAGGACCGGAUGGCAUCUUGA